GGCGCGCGCAUGCUAUCUGCCUCCCUAUCUCCCUCCCUCCCUAUCUAUCUAUCCAUCUGUCUAUCUGUAUUGGUAAUAACUCCCUCCGUCCCAAUAACCAGAAACAGGAAGCUUCGUUACCAAUUCCCUUCUUCAUCGCCGUAAAUCCAUGCAAGGGUUCCGCAUCAAUUUAUCACAUUCUUGUUCACCCCGCCUAUCAAUUAAAGGAGUGAAAUAAAGCAAGUCCCAAAUGUUUCAGCGACUGCUUCCAACUAGAGGCCCUUCCAUUAUGCUUCCCGAAAACUUUCCAUCUCCAAACGCGAUCCCUCCACGAACUUCCUCCAACGGUCAAAAUAAUCUCAAUCAGCCAGCUUCGAAAUCAGUCCUGCGCCCCGUACCCGAAGGCGAUUGGAUCAGUCAGAGAAAUAGCAUGCAUACCGCUCAGUCUUCUCAAUCUUCGGGAGCCAUGAAUCCUGCAAUCCAAGGAGGUUCGGCUCCAGAUCCAAAUAAAUACUCCAAGAAUGACAUGGCGUUCCAUGGAAGGAGUUCCUGGGCUCCGGAGAAGGAAAAGAUCUUGUUCGGACCAUACGAUUAUUUGGAGGCACAUCCAGGAAAGGACAUUAGAAAACAAUUGAUCGCCGCAUUCAAUGAAUGGUUGGAGGUACCAGCGGAGAGUCUCAAGGUCAUUACCAAAGUCGUGGGCAUGUUGCACACAGCCUCACUACUCGUCGACGAUGUGGAAGAUUCAUCAUUAUUGCGACGCGGAUUACCGGUCGCGCAUAGCAUUUUUGGCACGGCGCAAACGAUCAAUUCUGCAAAUUAUGUAUACUUUUGCGCAUUGCAAGAACUCCAGAAACUCAACAAUCCACAAGCGAUUACGAUUUACACAGAGGAGCUAUUGAAUCUUCAUCGCGGUCAGGGCAUGGAUUUGUUUUGGAGAGAUACGUUAACUUGUCCUACCGAAGACGAUUAUUUGGAAAUGGUGGGCAACAAAACCGGUGGGCUCUUCAGACUCGCUGUCAAGCUCAUGCAAGCUGAGAGUCAAACCUCAGGGGAUUGUGUUCCACUAGUCAACCUCAUCGGCAUCAUUUUCCAAAUCCGCGACGAUUAUCAAAAUCUCUCGUCGCCCGAGUAUUCGCAAAAUAAGGGGCUCUGUGAGGAUUUGACAGAAGGCAAAUUCUCAUUCCCCAUUAUCCAUUCCAUUCGCGCGGCCCCCGAUAAUCUCGUGCUGCUCAAUAUCUUGAAACAGAAAACAGAUGAUGAGCAAGUCAAGAAGUAUGCAGUGGCGUAUAUGGAACAAACCGGAAGUUUCGAAUAUUGUCGAAAGGUUCUCGUUACCUUGGGCGAGAGAGUUAAGAAGUUGAUCGAGGAGCUAGAUGAUGGCGGAAACAAGGGCAAAGGAGUGAUGAAAAUCUUGGAUAAAAUGGCUAUCUAAUCCUAUGGAAGUCGCAAGGCAGGAGAAAUGUCAAAGAUUGAUCAGAGAACUGAAUCACAAUUUGAUGGAGGUAUUUUGAUAUAUGAACACAUGGGUAGCAUGUUGGCGUAUUCGGGCAUGGCAAUAUCAUCUUCGGAGCAUGGUUUUCAGCUCGGCGAUUUUUUUUUUUUUCAAGUCGACUUAUAUGAUAUCAAAUCAGGUUUAGGAAUAUUUUCUUCUUUUUUU